UCUAGCAGGUCGCAUUCCUUGCUCGGAAAAAUUCAGCAGACCAGCCGCGCGCUUUGCAGUAAUCUCUUCUCGCCUAUAUUCACACGAUACAGCUUAUGAGAGUCGCGUUCACUGAGGAAUUGGGUUUAUAGUCGGCGGAACUGAGCUGAGUUGGAAAUGUCAAGAGGCGGCGGUGGUGGACGAGGAGGUGGACGAGGUGGUCGAGGAGGAGGCAGAGGAGGACGGCCAGCUCUUCCGUGGGAUGACACAGAUGAACCCGAUGCCCGACCCUCUGAGCUGUUCCCGCCCUGCGUCGUUCCCUCUCCUCGCGACCUCACCACUACAGAAUACAACAGCGUCCAGUGCUUCCUCCUCCUUCGCCACCAAAUCCACUCAUCGCCUCUCUACACAUCUAAGCGAACCUCCCUCAUCGACCCAGCUGCUCCCCGAAAAGUCUACGGCCGCGACCAAAUGAACGCCCUCUAUGAUGUUAAAAGCAAAGCCUCCGUCGACCCCUUCAAUGCCAUGCCCACCUACUCUCAGCGCUUCUCUCGUCCAGAGCGCGCCCUCCCAGAAUGGUCUUCCCGGCCGGUAUGCAGGGAGAUGUUCCCUCCCGAGCUGCUCGACACGAUUGACUCGGCGGAUGCCAGUGGGAUGAGAAAGAGGCGCAAGCUGGAGCUGAGUAAAGUGAAUGCUCUGCCGAACGCGGAGGAGGCGUUUGGUAUGCCUGCUAUUGAAGGCGAGGAAGAUGAAGGUGUGCCAGUGGAUGGGAAGAAUAUCCUGGAAAGAUUGGAUGCUCUGCGGGAUGACGAAGGCGACGAUGCUGCUGAUGUGGAUGACGACGAAGGCCUGGAAGAGGAGGAGGAGGAUGAAGUCUACGAUGAUGAAGAUGCCGGUGACUACGAUGCUGAAACGUACUUUGACAAUGGCGAUGAAGGUGGAGAUGACUAUGGAGACGGAGACGAUGGCGAAGGGACAUAUUAACGGGUUCUUAUCCAAUCUCCUACUUUUUUUUCGGAAUUAUCGAAGAGUUCUUGGCUAAUGGGACGGAUUCUUCGAAAAGAAGCCAUCAUUUUGGGCAUUUUUGUUACUACUACUCAUUCAUACAUGUAUAUAGACCCAAAGUACUUAUACCCAUCGCUUGUACCAUGACUCCAAAAUGAGUCAC